AUUCCGUCAGGAUUUCAUCAUUCUCCAGGGGUGUCGUCAUUACGUAAAAUAAUUUCGUUUAACAACUAUACUCGAACUUAUGCUACCGAGGCGACAAAAUUUCAACGAGUUAAACCCCAUGUAAAUAUCGGUACAAUUGGUCACGUUGAUCAUGGAAAAACAACAUUAACUGCCGCAAUCACUAAAUGUUUGGCAUCAAAAGGAAAAGCAAAAUUUAAAGAUUAUGGUGAAAUUGAUAAAGCACCUGAAGAAAAAGCUCGUGGUAUUACUAUCGCUACAGCUCAUGUAGAAUAUGAAACUGAUUCAAGACAUUACGCUCAUAUCGAUUGUCCUGGUCACGCUGAUUAUAUUAAAAACAUGAUUACCGGUGCUGCUCAGAUGGAUGGUGCAAUCAUCGUUGUGUCAGCUACAGAUGGUCAAAUGCCUCAAACACGUGAACAUUUACUUCUCGCUAGACAAGUUGGUGUAUCUAAUCUUGUAGUAUUUGUCAAUAAAAUUGAUGCAGUUGACGAUAAAGAAAUGUUAGAAUUAGUUGAAAUGGAAAUGAGAGAUUUAUUAACUCAAUAUGGUUUUAAUGGUGAAGAAACUCCUAUAAUAAUGGGUUCUGCUCUUGCUGCUCUUGAAGGUCGUGAUCCUGAAAUUGGUGAAAAAGCUAUAGAAAAAUUAAUGGAUGCUGUUGAUAAACAUAUUCCUACUCCUAUAAGAGAUUUAGAUAAACCGUUCUUGAUGUCUAUUGAAGACGUUUUUUCUAUUUCUGGUCGAGGUACAGUUGCUACUGGUAGAGUGGAAAGGGGUACCGUCUCAAAAGGUUCUGAAAUUGAAAUAGUUGGUAUGGGACAAACAGUAAAAACCACAUUGACCGGUAUAGAAAUGUUCCACAAAGAACUUGAUAAAGGAAUGGCAGGUGACAAUAUGGGUGCUUUAUUACGUGGUAUUAAACGAGAACAAAUUCGACGAGGACAAGUUCUUGCCGCACCUGGAACUGUUAAAUCUUAUAGGAAAUUCUCAGCACAAGUUUACGUUCUUACAAAAGAUGAAGGUGGAAGACAUACACCAUUCAUGCAGAAUUAUAGACCACAGAUGUAUUUUCGAACAUCUGAUGUAACUGUUACAUUGACGUAUCCACCUGGUACCGAAAAUCCGGAUGAAAAAUUUGUUAUGCCAGGUGAUAACAUUACACUUGAAUGUGAACUUGUGCAUGAUAUGGCUGUUGAACCUGGUAUGAGAUUUACUAUUCGAGAAGGUGGUAAAACAGUUGGAACUGGUGUUAUUGUUGAUAUUCGUGAAUAA